AACUAUUUACACAAGCGACGCUGAAGCCACUCUGCUGGGUGAUGUUGGAUAUUGUCGCAGCUGAAUUGUGCGUUUUGGCACAAUCCUGUCAUAUUUAAAACACUUGCGGACCUGUGCUGUGGGACGAAAAGAAGCAGUUUAAGUUCUCGGGACCGGUCAUGGCAAAGAAAUCAGAAAAACCCGAUUGGGUGGUUUUGUUUUCUACGACUAUAGCAAUACUUGUGUGGAUUCCUGUCAGCGCACAACCUUCCGGGACCUCGGAGCCUCUUGUGAUACCUCGAGUUGUUUCUCGGAUGUAUCUGAGUCCAGAUGAGCUCAGGAAACUCCGCUUUAAGCCCACAGUAGGCACCAUUCAGCUGUCAGAGGGCCAUGAAGCCAAACUGAACUGUUCCAUUGAAAUUCCUGAUACCAGACUGGAGCCCGCCAUCCUGUGGAUGAAGGAUAGUAAGGAGCUGUCACCAAACAUCCAUGUGGUGAUGUAUGAGCUCCACUCCAUCACAGAUGGGGUAUCAACUCUCCUCUCCACUGUCAUCAUUAAACAUGUGCAGAGAGUGGAUGCUGGAGAUUAUCAUUGCCGACUGAGUAUCAGCAACAUGUUGGUAGAGUCUGAUCCGAUCAGCAUUCGGGUAGAAGCACAACCUUCCAGGACCUCGGAGCCUCUUGUGAUACCUCGAGUUGUUUCUCGGAUGUAUCUGAGUCCAGAUGAGCUCAGGAAACUCCGCUUUAAGCCCACCGUAGGCACCAUUCAGCUGUCAGAGGGCCAUGAAGCCAAACUGAACUGUUCCAUUGAAAUUCCUGAUACCAGACUGGAGCCCGCCAUCCUGUGGGUGAAGGAUAGUAAGGAGCUGUCGCCAAACAUCCAUGUGGUGAUGAAUGAGCUCCACUCCAUCACAGAUGGGGUAUCAACUCUCCUCUCCACUGUCAUCAUUAAACAUGUGCAGAGAGUGGAUACUGGAGAUUAUCGAUGCCGACUGAGUAUCAGCAACAUGUUGGUAGAGUCUGAUCCGAUCAGCAUGCGGGUAGAAGCACAACCUUCCAGGACCUCGGAGCCUCUUGUGAUACCUCGAGUUGUUUCUCGGAUGUAUCUGAGUCCAGAUGAGCUCAGGAAACUCCGCUUUAAGCCCACCGUAGGCACCAUUCAGCUGUCAGAGGGCCAUGAAGCCAAACUGAACUGUUCCAUUGAAAUUCCUGAUACCAGACUGGAGCCCGCCAUCCUGUGGGUGAAGGAUAGUAAGGAGCUGUCGCCAAACAUCCAUGUGGUGAUGAAUGAGCUCCACUCCAUCACAGAUGGGGUAUCAACUCUCCUCUCCACUGUCAUCAUUAAACAUGUGCAGAGAGUGGAUGCUGGAGAUUAUCGAUGCCGACUGAGUAUCAGCAACAUGUUGGUAGAGUCUGAUCCGAUCAGCAUGCGGGUAGAAGGGCUGCCAACAUUUGUCAAGCAACCAGAGGACAAGAACGUAACAAUAUACACACCUUUCACCCUGUCCUGUGAAGCGGUGGGACCACCAGGCCCUGUUCAUAUCCGCUGGUUCCGUGAUGGAUCACCUUAUACUGAGGUUUUCAGCUCUCCCAGCAACUUCUCUGUACCAGGUGUGGAUAAAUACACUCGGUUCAGCUGUGAAGCUAACAACACAAAGGGCAUCACCACAUCCAGAGAAGCACACGUCAAUGUUAAAGUUCAUCCCAGACCUCCCACUCAUGUUACUGUGACAGAGAGGCAGUCCAAUAAGCUGACGUUGAGCUGGACUCCUGGGCACGAUGGCUUCUCUCCACUCACCACGUGCCGAAUCAGAGUUAGAGAGGUCAGUCGGAGGGAAGGGGAAGUGACGACCACCAGGUUCAUCAACGUCACAGUGCCGCCUUUUCACAGUGAAGUCCCUGGACUGCAGGCUAUGACGAAGUACAACCUGAGUGUUUCCUGCAGUAACGAACAGGGCGCCUCUCCAAACAGCAAGUGGGUCGAGAGCAACACCACAGAAGGAGUGCCAUCAAUUCAUCCCGGAAAUGUCACAGUGCAGCUUGAAGGCUCGAGCUUGGUGAUCGAGUGGAAACCUCCGCCCAGCGAUAAGAUAAACGGGAUCCUAAGUGGUUAUGAUGUCAUUGUUAGAUAUGGCACACGCCAGAAAAAGGUCCAUAGUCUUACCACUUGGACACGUGUGGCUGUGGAGGAAUUCAACAAAACCUACAGUGUGGAGGUGGCCGCAUGCACGCAGGCAGGAAGAGGCAUGGUCAGCCCACGAGUUGAAUUGUUUGUGCCAGAGGACAAAUCCACCGUACGCCCUUCAUCCGGCCCUGAGACAGCGGUAGCACACACCAACCAUGUUGUGGGGAUUGUGAUUUGUACCGUCUUUGUCCUGCUGAUCAUCCUCUCUGGGGUUCUCUAUUUUCGGAACAAGGCUUAUGACUCCUGUUUUGGGCAGCGGUGCAGAGAUGAAGAAAUGCUGCCGCCUGUCAUACAGUACACGCAACAGAGGUCCUACAACCGAUCAGCCAUAGGAGUCACUCUUGAGAACCUUGGGAUCAGUGAGGAACUGCAGGCCAAACUUCAGGAUGUGAUGGUAAUGAGAACUCUGCUCUCAGUGGGGAAGGUUCUUGGAGAGGGUGAGUUUGGUUCAGUGGUGGAAGGUCAUUUCACACAACCAGAUGGCACUUCAGAAAAGGUUGCCGUGAAGACAAUGAAAUUGGAUAGUUUUUCUCAAAGGGAGAUUGAAGAGUUCCUGAAUGAGGCCGCUUGCAUGAAAGAUUUCAACCAUCCUAAUGUCAUCAAACUGCUCGGUGUAUGCUUGGAAGUAGGCUCAGCACACUUUCCUAAACCCAUGGUAAUUCUGCCGUUUAUGAAACACGGAGAUCUGCAUAGCUUCCUGCUGCGUUCACGCCAUAGAGAGACUCCAAUGUUCUUGCCCACUCAGACACUCCUGAAGUUCAUGGUUGACAUUGCUUCGGGUAUGGAGUAUCUCAGUGGUCGUAACUUUCUGCAUCGAGACCUGGCGGCACGCAACUGCAUGCUGCGUGAUGACAUGACAGUGUGUGUAGCAGACUUUGGACUAUCUAAGAAGAUCUACAGUGGUGAUUAUUACAGGCAGGGAAGAAUUGCAAAAAUGCCUGUAAAAUGGAUCGCAUUAGAGAGUCUGGCAGACAGAGUUUUUACUGUAAAGAGUGAUGUGUGGGCGUUUGGUGUCACCAUGUGGGAAAUUGCUACAAGAGGCAUGACGCCAUACCCUGGAAUCCAAAACCAUGAAAUUUAUGAUUAUCUAGUUGAAGGACACAGACUGAAGCAGCCCCCAGACUGUUUGGAUGAACUGUAUGAAAUCAUGUACAGCUGCUGGAGAGCCGAUCCGCUAGACCGACCCUUCUUUCCCCAGCUGCGAGAAAUGUUGGAAAAGCUCGCCGAAAAGCUUCCAGAGUCUUCCAGCAGGGAUGAUAUCAUUUAUAUCAACACCAGCUUUCCUGAGGAGGACCCAGAUCGAGAGGCAUUUCAAGCAGAGCCUCCUGUGUUGAGCUCCUCACCUUGCUGCAGCCGCAUGGCAGCAGAAAAUACAGUAGUUACCGCGGACAUUCACGGGAGCGUGGCGGAUGACCAGGAUGAUGGCAGCGAUCGCUAUGUGGUGGUGAUUUCCUCCAGUGCGCCCCCGAGAGCUGCAACAGUGGAUACGCCUCUCUUGUCAGAUGAUUCUUUAAGUCAAGCAAAUGGGACCAGUGCAACAGCGAUGGAUCACAGCUUAUAUGACCCCGCCUUCAUGCUAUAGCAUUUGGUACUGAGCAGUUACAGCCCUCGCAUGGGUUAACAGUACUAAUAAUUUUGUCUUGUUGUACUGGAAGCACCUGCACAUUUCCUGCUAUGGACUUUCAUAGAUUGUUGGAGAGGCAUUUCAUGCUUUAAAUGGCCAGCCUACAUGUCAGUGUUUGUUGUUGCUUAUACUUUUUUUUUUUUUGCGUGUCAACCUCAAACACACUCAUGCACAUGUUCGAUAAGCUUAUGAUACUCUGAAAUGUGAAAAGUAUUUACUGUAUUGACUUCUGUGUUGCAGUGUAAAUAGAAAAUUGUACAGAACAUUUAUAAAAGGAUCUUUUUCUUUUAAAAUAAAGGAUUUAUUGACUUCUUUAAAGUAAA